AUUGCAUAACAGUUCCUUUUGUCUUAAAAUGAUUGGACAGUGACGUCUUUUUUUUUCCGGUUUGGAAAUUUCAAAAAGUAUAAAAAUUGCACUUUUUCCCUUUCUAUGUAUUAAAAACAUAUAGAAAAGGGGGUGCAUUUAAAAAGCCACAGAUGACAACAAGGCUCGAUCGACUCGUCCUUUUAUUAGAUACAGGCUCAACAACAGCUGUCAGACGUACAGCAGCCCAACAGUUGGGUGAAAUUCAAAAGCAGCAUCCUGGUGAACUAUACAACUUAUUAUCAAGAGUCGCUGUCCACUUGAGGAGCAAAGCGUGGGAUACACGUUUAGCUGCUGGUCAAGCACUGGAAGCCAUUGCUGCUAACGUACCAGCAUGGGAUCCUUCGGAUGAAGAUGAAAUUGCCAUAAAAAUAGACAACAACGAGGAACAACACAAGUUGCGUUUUAGUGAAUUCGAUUUAGCAUCUGUUCUUCAACAUGGAAAACUCUUACUUGGCUCAGCUGGAAAAGAGUACGAUAUUGACUUUUCAGACAUGACACCACAAGAACGACUAGAGAUCCAACGACGUAAUCUAAAAGAACGACUGGGUUUAGCAAGUCAGUUUAUGGAUGUCGAUCUCCUAGAGGAUGCCGAUUUGGACACACGCUCCAAAAAAGAAAAAUCCACACCUGUUCCAUCUCCUUCCGCUUCUACUACAUCUACUUCACCUGCUACAACAACAACAACAACAACUAAUUUAAUGCCACCUACACCUGCUAUAGCAGAGAUCAACAUGGCGGGCUUAUCGGCCAGGGAACGAAAUAUGCUGAAACGUAAACUAAAGUCAGAAUCUAAAAUGAAAAACAAAGCCGAAAAAGUACGUAUCAUGGACGUGAAAAAUAAGUCAGAUCAUCCUGUACCAAAACCAGUUAAAAUAGAAAAAGAAGAAUUUGACAUUACCGCUCAACCACAGUCCAAUAAGUUUGUUGUAGAGGCAAAGAAGCCAAGCCCAGCAGACAAUGCAGCAGAUGAACCUCAGCAUGAUUGGCCAUUUAAAAUGAUUUGUGAGCACUUGUGCUUAGAUCUCUUUGAUCCUGCUUGGGAGAUUCGUCACGGUGCUGGUAUUGGGCUGCGUAGCAUUCUUAAGGCACAUGGUGCCGGUGCUGGCAAAAAAGUGGGUUAUAAAGAAAAGAACCAGGAGCUACAUAAUGCAUGGUUAGAAGAUUGUGCUAUCAGACUGUUAUGUGUAUUUGCCCUCGACAGAUUUGCAGACUUUGUCUCUGACCAGGUUGUAUGUCCUGUUCGUGAAACAUGUUCGCAAACAUUGGGCGUUGUAUUGCAGUACAUGACACCAGAAGCAGUUGGAAAAGUACAUGAUAAUCUAUUAAAACUUAUCAAUCAGCAAGACCCAGCCUUUGCUGGCAAAUCAAUCUGGGAGGUUAGGCAUGCGGGAUUACUUGGCCUUAAGUACACAGUUGCGGUUCGAAAGGAUCUAGUAGAGAUGCUUGUCGAAGGCACAACAGGGGCUAUCAUCUUAGGCUUACGAGAUCAUGACGACGAUGUUCGUGCAGUGAGUGCUGCGACACUUUUACCCAUCACCUCUGAAUUUGUACGCCUUAGUUCCAGGGAAAGAAUCCGCGAUGUCAUCUUGACAUUAUGGGACUGUUUGAUCGACCUCAAGGAUGACCUAACAGCUUCAACUGGUGCUGUCAUGGACUUGAUUGCCAAGAUGUUUGAACAGCUAGGUGUGAUGGAUAUUGUACGUGAGAACUUUAGCUUAAAUGAUCUUGUGCCCAGAUUGCAUCCUUUCUUUCGACACACCAUUUCGGGUGUGCGCAUGGCUGUCUUGAACACCCUAUUGACCUUUUUAGAAUGCGGUACAGCCUCAGAGUGGAUCGACGAACGUGUUUAUCGUUUAGUAUUUCAAAAUAUGAUUGUAGAAGAAAAACCCGACAUUUUAGAAAAAUCACUUCAAGUUUGGAGUUCUUUAACUAUUGACGGCAAAGUCGAGAAUCAACUUGUUUUGCAAGGAACACAAAACUGGCUUGGAAGCUGGUUUGAAAUUACCAUGACGCCAAUCGGCCAACCACUAGAUACAGCCACUUAUUUUUACAAGCCCCCAGGAGCGUUUGGUCUGGGCGGUGGAAGCGCCCUAAUGGAUAAAGGAGCGACAAAGAAAUCAAAAAAGACAGUAAACAAGGGUAUUCCAGAAGAUGUUGUACGUGGCAAUCUGUUAGAAGAAAGUCAUAACUUAGAUGCAGGUAUGAUUGCUCAAGACUUUUCUCUUGUUACGAUGGACCAAGUCAUGCGCUGUCGUAUUGCGUGUACCAGUGCGCUUGGCAUGGCUAUGAGCACCUGGCCUGAUGAUUCCAUGGAGCUGUCUUAUCAGGAUGUGCUUUUGAAUCUUCUUAGCUCGCAAUGGGCAUUGAAACGUCAAUUGGGUGCUAUGGCUGUUGAGGAAUGGGCCAAGGCUGUCUUAAAGACAAGAUACAACGCAGACGAUAUUAUCCACGCACCCCCAGAAGCUAUUCUUGCCAAUACGCACAAUUUCCCCAAGACUUUGUCUCAAUCCAUGAUUGCUAAUCUCGAAAAUGCUCAGCAGCAAGCUACAAACUUCUAUUUUGAGCUCGUUCAUGUCCUGAAACGUAUUCGUGCUGAAUGCCAAAACUUGUUAAACGCAUUUCACUCGGAAGCCAAAGUACCUUUGGAUCAAAUUCCUACUUUACCUACCCUUGUGCCUGGUGAGGCGCUUCCAGAACAGGGGCCUCUCUUUACCGUCGAGACAGCAUCCGCUGUGAUCAGCGAGAUGUUUGAUCAGUUAUUGACCAAAGUCCCUAAAGGCAAGGGCCGUGCCGCCUUACUUAAGUCGAUGGAAGAACGACAGCGUCGUGUAGUUGCAUCUAUGGGAUACUUUGAGGAACUGAAACAGAAGAUCGAAAUCCACGUUUACGCAAGCACUGCAGGUGCUGUGGUCGAGCUUGGUGUACUGCCCGCCAAAUUGAACCCAGUGAUUCGUAGUGUGAUGAAUAGUAUCAAGUAUGAAGAAAACAUAGACUUACAACAACGGUCGGCUGCUACGCUUGCCAAUCUUGUGGCUCUUUGUGAACGUUCCCACCAAAGCCGUACUAGCCCUAAUGACAAGAUUGUAAAGAAUCUGUGUACUUUCCUUUGUGCUGAUACGACCGUGACACCCUUAUUACAGGAUAAUCAACUCGAAUCAGGCAUCUUGUCUAUUCAAAAAGAAGAUACAACAAGCAAAAGUAAGGAGUCCAAAGAACUGACCCCUGAACAAAAAGAUGCACAGCUUACAAAGCGAGGCGCUGAAAUUACCUUACGAGAGCUCUGUAACCGCUUUGGCCCCAGUGUGUUUAAUAUGGUUCCUAAACUAAAGGAAUGUGCUAGUCAAAAAAUCAUCGAGAUAUUCCCUGAGCAAGGCAUCGAGCAGGCAGAUAAAGUGAUUCGACAAGAUUUUCAAAUCGGACAGGAUGUGAUUGACUCCUUGACUGUCUUGACCAUGGUAGUACCUCAUCUUUCCGAGAAGUUAUGGGACGAUGUGAGUAACAUUGUGCCUUAUGUCUGCCGAUCACUGCAAUCUUGCUAUGCCGUUAUACGCACCAUGAGCGCCAAAUGCUUAGCAGCCAUCGCUAAUGUGAUCACUGACAGAACGAUGCAUAUGAUCGUCGAACAAGUCCUACCUCAUCUCAGUAAUCCACUCAAUGUGCAUCACCGACAAGGUGCAGCUGAACUUAUCUAUCACCUUGUACAGCUACUGGAUACCAAGAUCUUGCCCUAUACAAUCUUCUUAAUAGUUCCUAUCCUUGGUCGCAUGAGUGAUCCUGAUGAGUCUGUUCGUCUUAUCUGUACCAACUGCUUUGCCUUGCUUAUCAAGCUUGUACCUCUUGAAGCAGGUAUUCCUGACCCUCCAGGCAUGUCUGCAGAAAUGCUCGCGCAUCGUGAUGAAGAACGCCGAUUCUUAUCACAAUUGCUUGAUAGCUCCAAGGUUGAAAAUUACGAAAUCCCAGUCAAGAUCAAGGCAGAACUUCGCAAGUAUCAACAAGAAGGUGUCAACUGGCUCGCUUUUCUCAACAAAUUCCACCUGCACGGCAUAUUGUGUGAUGAUAUGGGUUUAGGUAAGACGCUUCAGUCUAUCUGUAUCCUUGCUGGUGACCAUUAUACAAGAGCACAAAAAUACCAAGAAACACAGUCUCCUGAGUUUGCGCAUUGCCCAUCUCUGGUCAUCUGUCCACCAACCUUGACCGGGCAUUGGUACCAUGAAAUCCUAAAUUACUGUGAUAAUCUGAAACCAUUACUUUACACAGGAGGCCCCAAUGAUCGUAAAAAAAUCCGUGCCUCGUUUAAUAAUUAUGAUAUAGUCAUCAUGUCCUAUGAUAUUAUUCGUAAUGAUAUUGACGAACUAGAGCCUCUGCACUGGAACUACUGUAUUCUGGAUGAAGGACACAUUAUCAAGAACGGCAAGACCAAGAUCACAAAAGCGAUUAAAACGCUGAAAUCAAAUCAUCGUCUUAUUCUCUCUGGUACACCUAUCCAAAAUAAUGUGCUUGAGCUAUGGUCCUUGUUUGACUUUUUGAUGCCUGGUUUCCUUGGCACAGAGAAGGCGUUCAACGAUCGUUUUGGCAAACCUAUUCUCGCAAGUAAAGAUAGCAAGAGCUCAUCAAAAGAACAGGAAGCGGGUGCACUGGCAUUAGAAGCUCUACACAAGCAAGUACUACCGUUCUUGCUGCGUCGAUUAAAAGAAGACGUAUUACAUGAUUUACCGCCCAAGAUCAUUCAGGACUACUACUGUGAACUGAGCGAACUGCAAAAGUCUCUAUACGAAGAAUUUGCAAAAUCUCAAGCACGGAGCAGUGUAGAGGACGAUCUGGCGCCACAAAAGACGAAUGCUUCCAAGGGAGCGACCCACAUCUUCCAGGCAUUACAAUACCUUCGCAGGCUAUGCAAUCAUCCUUUAUUGGUUGUGAAUGAAAAAUAUGCCAAUUACAACAAAGUGCAAGACUUUUUGCACAAGUCCAACACAACCUUACACAGCAUUCAGAACGCACCCAAGCUGCAAGCACUGAAGCAGCUGCUCGGAGAAUGUGGUAUUGGAGUAACCAACACAGAAUCAGAGUCAGAUCCAGCAGCUAUGGCCAUCGGAGCCGUGAGUCAGCAUCGUGCGCUUAUCUUUUGUCAAUUGAAGCCAAUGCUGGAUAUUAUAGAGAAUGACUUGUUUAAAAAGUUGAUGCCAACGGUGAGCUAUCUACGAUUAGACGGGUCAGUAGACUCAAAUAAACGACAUGAGCUCGUUCAAAAGUUCAAUGCGGAUCCAUCUAUUGACGUAUUACUGCUGACGACGCAUGUAGGUGGGCUCGGCCUUAACCUUACAGGUGCAGAUACUGUAAUCUUUGUUGAACAUGACUGGAACCCGAUGAAGGAUCUCCAGGCAAUGGAUCGUGCACAUCGUAUUGGACAGAAGAAAGUAGUGAAUGUCUAUCGAUUGAUUACUCGUGGUACCUUGGAAGAAAAAAUCAUGGGUCUCCAAAAGUUCAAGCUCAAUAUUGCUAAUUCAAUUGUGAAUCAACAAAACUCUGGGUUACAGAGUAUGGAUACGGAUCAGAUCCUUGACUUGUUUAAUAUUGGCGGUGAUAAUGAAGCCAAGAAGAAGCAGCCCAAAGAUAAUGUAUCAGCUGAAGGAUUGGGAGCUGCUAAAGCAGUCUUGGAAAAUUUGGAGUCGCUAUGGGAUGAAAAGGACUAUGAGGAAGAAUAUAACAUUGAUAGUUUUAUUAACAGCUUAACGUAAAUUACAUUUUCUAUGUAGAAUUUUUAUAAAUAAAUAAAAACAGUGAACAUAUUGCUCAAUGACAGUC